AUGCAAGGCAUGCCUCGUCACUCGAGCUUUUUCGCUGGCAGCGACCAUCACGUUGCAACAGCAGGAAGUAGCUUGGCGUCUAUCCGCAAGUCACAGCCUACACAUCUUCAUAACGUGGAUAUAUAUAUAUGGGAAAUUUCUUAUCAGUCAGCUAUUGACUUCCAGAGAGAUCUUUCGUCGUCAUUUGUUACAUCUGCUUCUUAUCCAUUCACCACAGACUCUGGUACCUCACCGCAGCCUCAACAACCUCAUCAAUCACACGUUGGAGACAACGACCAGCAUCACUCUGCCUCGCCAAUAAUUUCUGUAACUACUGACUCUGAGCUCUCGCUUUCACCCCAAGGGGAGGUUCUACCAGCUCAUAAUCAGGGCACCAGGCGGGCUUUGUGUCCGGAGUGUCUCGCUUACACAAGCAAACGUUCGUUCAAUAUGAAGCGGCAUCGAAAAGCAUGCUACAAGAACGCGACCAGCGGUCGAACAAAAGCCACAGGGAGCAUAAGGGCGAGAGUGUCUGGCGCGACGAUGUUGUGA